UUAACAUUCGGUAAACAACAAAGAUAAAAUGACAUCUGCUCGCACCCGGACGUUCAUUCUGAACGCACCUCUACUAGCCGUUUCUGUUUAAAUUCAUAAUCUGGCGCAAUCCGGUGUUCUCGCGAGACUCUCGUUAAUUUUCCGGCGAACAGCUGUGAUCCGAUAUUCUGCAGCAUGACAGAAACGCAGCAAAAGGCCAAGUGCAUUACUCUGAAAGGUUCCGCCGAGUUGGUCGCGCAAUAUUUGCUCUACGGAGUCAAUAGUAUACUCUAUCAAAGAGGGAUAUAUCCACCGGAGACAUUUCAGCCUUCCGAGCAUUUCGGUCUGUUCAUCUUCACGUCCACGGACGAGAAGAUCACGACCUUCUUAAACACCGUACUGGGGCAGAUCCAGGAGUGGCUCGUCCAGCGCAAAGUGCGUAAAAUCACCCUCGUAAUAACGAAUGUCAAUACGAAGGAGGUGCUGGAGAAGUGGGACUUCAAGGUCGACUAUGAGGACCCAAAGGCAAACGGAACAGAAGGUAGCGUCAGGAACACUGAGUUGUCUGACGUAGGAACAAAGGAUGUGAAAACUAUACAAAAAGAGAUACGCGAAGUUAUACGUCAGAUUACAGGUACGGUGAGCUUUUUGCCUCUCUUAGAUUGUCUGUGCUCGUUCGACAUACUUACGUAUACUGUACCAGACUGUAACAUUCCCAAUCAAUGGGACGAGACUCAACCAGUUUUUAUUGCGAACAGUCAAGAGGUACAACUUAGAUCGUUCUCAACCAGUUUACAUAAAAUGGAAACUGUACAGCAUAUAUGCCAACUACCAUUACCAAAGACUGUUCAAUUAAUUGUUGCUUCAUAGAAAUUGGUGGUUGAGUCACACAACAAGAAUGUCUCAUAUUCAUAAUAUUUUAUAUGUAACAAUAAUAUUGUAACUGACAUGUCCAUUAUUCUUGACAUAUUUUGUACGAAUAUAUUUUUUUUAAACAAAAACUAGCAGAUCUAUUAAAUGCGAGUAGAUCCAAGAGGAAGUGUAGGUAAACACAUUUAAAUACUAUAAAGUCUCUUUAAUAUAAAUUUGAUAUAAAUUAAAAAUCUAAAAAUUAAAUAAGUAUUUUAUUAAAAUAUAUUUUUUACUUUUUUACCUUUUUUUUAGUCUCUAUACUUUAAUUAUAUGUGUAGUACUAAGGCUAUUUUUGUAUAAUGAAAAUAAAGGCUGUGUAGAGAUAGGAA